AUGUCGAACCUAGGUGAGACAGAGGCUGGGCCCUCCACCCGCUCCCUCCGUUCCCGCUCGCCCAACAAGUCCGCCCCCUCAUCUCGUCCGACCCGAGCCCGGCCUGUCGAGUCCGAUCCUAGCUCCUCUCGUACUAGGGACAUGGACUCUCCAGUGCUCGGCAGAGGUCAUAAUCGUCGUCGGUCAGCCCAGAGCCCGGUGUCCGACCAUACCACCUCUUCACGCACCGUCCAGUCAGGCCCGCAAGGUAAUAGCCUGUCACCAGUCAAGCGACCUCGGCGGACAGACUCUCGUCGACCUGCGGCUGAAGGCUCGUCCUCCGCCUUCCCAUCAGGACCGAUGAGCGGACCCUCAGACUCCCCAGUCGCCAACGAUGCCGUUCUGGCUGCACGCGGUUCAAGGUCCUCCAGCCCCUUGUCGAGCCCGACCAAGACGCCCAUGGUACCUUCGCCUACGCCUGCUUCCUCCUCGGAUCGGAAAGGCAAGGGUCGGGCUGUACCAUCUGCUCCUAGACCUGGCCGAGGGAGAGGUGCUCCAUCUGCAGCGGCCGCAACCACGGCCGAAAAACGGGUCCUUCCUGCCCGGAUCAGACGGGCGGCAGGGGGCGGCGCAGAAGGCAUAAGGGGCCUGGAGGAGAUGAUUGUAGACUGGCUAGAGCGCUGGGGUGAACCACUGGAAACACCCCCAGACGCGCUCGUUCUACACCUGACCACCCUCCCUUUCUCCCUCAUCGAACCUCCCGUAUCCACGUACACCGAGCCACAGCUAGCCAUAUCGGAUGUCACGGUCGCCUCGGCCUCUGGUGGCCCGUCGACCGCUUCCAAGUCUGCCCAAGCGGUCGUUGACGCCCGCGAGCGAAUCGAGGUGCCUUCGUGGGUAUUUGUCAAGGCUGGAGAGGAUGACAAGGAGGAGGCGAAGGAUGAGCUGGAGACGAUGCAUUUUGGAGGAGUGGCUGGGAGGGGAAGUGCAAGUCCGGUGAAGCGGUUGAGACACGCUACGGCCGAAGCGCCCCUCGAAGACACGUCCGAUGCCUACUAUAUCGCCCUACACAAGAAGUACGAAGUCUUCGAGCGGCGCCAGCGCAUCCGGGAAAAGGAGACGCUCCAGUUUGAGCGAUAUAGAUUGCGUUCCCGGAUAGACCUGUUGCGGGGAAUGAGCAAGACGUCCUGGGCUGCCGUCGUCGGUGUCGUCUUAUCGCGGUCUGCUCUGGCUCCGCGCCCCCCUCCGACCGUCGCCAAGCCUAUGGGGUACGAAGAGGCAGUCGUCGCCGUCACCGCGCCGAGCGAGGCGUCGGGGUCCGAAGGAAAGCCGGCUGAGGCGCAGGUGGACCGAUGGGCAAAAGGAAGGGCAAAGCUGCAAGAAGAAGGGCCGGACUGGUUGAGGGAUACAUUGGUGCAAGAGGGGGAGGAGUUGAUGAAGCGGUAUGAUCAGCUAUUACCCGCCGAGCAUAGGAAAAAUCGAAUCACCGACAGCCCCGCCCCAUCUAUGACAUGCUCUCCUUCCCUCUCACCUCCACCCGUCACGUCCAAUCGUGUCGCAGCGCUCCGCGAUCCCUCCGCUUCCCGCCGUCGAGGCCAAUCACCCGCAUCUACUACUUCCGUCACACCUCGGCGGCUCCGGCUCACACUCAAGGCCAAAUCGGACCCUGAACGCACUGCCCAAGCGGAUCUCGAGGGGGAAGGUCACGACAGCGGGCGGAAGAGGAAGCGAGCGAGUCGGGUCGUCUAUGCAAAUGACGGGGCGGAGGAGGAACGUCAAGAGGAAAAGGCUGUAUCGACGGGGCGGAGAAGGCGGAAACCAAGUGGGUCCGGAGACUAUAUCCAAUCGCUCGACGUUCCCGCUAGCGCCGAAAAGAAGGCGCGGCGCUCAUCACUGCGCUCCUCGACGCCGCUUCAGCCGGCCAUGAGCAACGAGGACGCCGGCUCUGUCCCCCCUCAUCCGCCAUCGUCAUCUACAGUCCGGUCGAAUGCCUCGCCCUCAAUCAGCAUCAGGAUCAGCCGAUCAUCGCUCGCUCGUCCUGAUGUCGCCCCAGCGCCAGCUAGAGCGGAGGAGACCAAGCCAGCACGGUCUCUCAGGUCAUUCAGAACGCUCGUUGACGAUAGCCGCCAAGGGCAUCCGUCCGCGGUGAUCGAAAAGGAGGACAUGGAUAUUGAUAUGAGCUCAGACGACCUCAAGGAGCUGAGGGAGGUAGAAGCGGCGGUGCUGUAA